GACAAACUCACACAAACCUGUGACAGAUGCAGUGUUUCACACACAUUCCAGUGACUCAGAAGUUUCUAUUUACGGUGAUAGAUAUGUGCUGAUGUGUUUGCACAUUUUGUUAUAUCAUCUUGUUUUCUAGUUCUUGGAACACCUGGAUGGUAUAAAAAUUCUCACUAGUUAAGAACAAGACAGAUAUUCUCUCUGCAGGCUUCCAGAUCUGUUGCAGCCAUGUUGGUUUUCUCUUGGUCUCUUGUGGCCCUACUUCUGGUGUCCUCUUUGAGGGCCGAGGAAGAGGUUGCUACCACUGAGGAGGACACAUCCAGGGAACUCUCUGUUGGUGAAUUGUUGGAGAGAGCCAACCGAGACCGCACCCCCGAUUUUGAUGAGCCCACCCUGAUUGGAGGAGACAUUGCUAUCACAUCAGACGCCAACAGAAAUGCUGACCCCUGCACCACCAGAGGCUGCCUGUGGAACAAGUGGUCCGAUGGGAAAGUCUACAUCCCCUACUAUAUUGCCAAUCACUACUCCUCCCGUGAGCAGGCCAUCAUCAUUCGUGGACUGGAGUCUUUCUCUUCAGUUUCCUGCAUCCGUUUCAGACCCUACCAGAACGGCGAUUAUGAGUGGCUGAGCAUCGAGUCCAGGAAUGGCUGCUAUUCCUAUGUGGGUCGUCAGGGUGGUGGUCAGACUGUGUCUCUGAGCCGUCAGGGCUGUCUGUACCACAGCACCGUCCAACAUGAGCUGCUCCAUGCCCUUGGCUUCAACCAUGAACAGACUCGCUCCGACAGGGACAAUUACAUCAGGGUACACUGGGAAAACAUUAUCAACGGCAUGGAGUACAACUUUGACAAAAUUAACACACUGAAUCAAGGAACUCCCUAUGACUACAACUCUGUCAUGCAAUAUGAGAAGUAUGCCUUCUCGAAGAACAAUCUUCCCACUAUGGUACCCAUUCCCAACAGCAAUGUAUCCUUUGGUCAGGCCACCCAGAUGAGCAAGAAUGACAUCGAAAGGCUGAACAGGCUGUAUAAGUGCUGAAGGUUUCCUCUGCAGAAACUGCAUGUGACCUCGGGCCCUGCUGCCCUGAUGACACCAGAGAUGCUGACAAAGGAGAUGAGAGUUUCAGAUGGACAGCAAUUUGGGGUUUGUCCUAUAAAAAAAUAAACCUGAAAACUUCAAAACUACCAAAAGCUGACUGCUACCCGACUGUUUAAUGAAAUGGCAAAGAGCAUAGACACUGUGUAGAUUCUGGAGAUGUUAAUGGGGCAUCUGAUUUCAUCUCAUUUUAUUUUCAUAUCACAUAAAAAAACAAAAAAACAACUAGCAUUGUUAACAGUUAGAUGGCUUCUGGUCAGAAAAUAAAUAAAUGAAAAUACAUUUUCCAUCUGUUAUUACAAUAAAUCUAUUUGGGUUCCAUUCUAUUGUGAGUUAGAAAACAUAAUCUUAGAGGAAUAAUGCAACAUUUCAGCAAAUAUGUUUACUUUUCUUCUGGUAGAAAGUUAGAUGAGAAGGUCAAAACCACUCUUAUAUCUCUCUG